AUGCUCGAGGCGAGGUCAAGAGUCCGCGAGCAUGCGCGGAAUAUUAGUCGUUCGACCGUACGCGAAGCGACGGCGACUGGCUCUGUACGGCCCGUACCAGCACCCGGUUUCCAGCAGCUGCCCUCGAAGCACAAUGUCUCCCUCCCACCGCCGAUGAUGUCCAUGCACGCCGACGGCCCGCUCGACCACUCCUUCGUGGGCAUGUCCGGCGGACAGAUCUUCCACGAGAUGAUGGUGCGGCACGGCGUGAAGCACAUCUUUGGCUACCCCGGGGGUGCGAUCCUCCCUGUCUUCGACGCGAUCUACAACUCCCCCCAGUUCGACUUUGUCUUGCCCCGCCACGAGCAGGGCGCGGGACACAUGGCGGAGGGAUACGCGCGGGUCACAGGCAAGCCCGGCGUCGUCCUCGUCACCUCGGGACCCGGCGCGACCAACGUCGUCACGCCCAUGCAGGACGCGCUCAGUGACGGCGUGCCCCUCGUCGUGUUUUGCGGACAGGUCGCGACCAGCGCGAUCGGCUCGGACGCGUUCCAGGAGGCGGACAUGGUUGGCAUAUCGCGCGCGUGCACAAAGUGGAACGUCAUGGUGAAGGAUGUCGCUGAGCUUCCGCGGAGGAUAAACGAGGCGUUCAAGAUCGCGACCUCUGGACGGCCAGGGCCUGUUCUCGUGGACCUUCCGAAGGACAUCACCGCUGGUGUUCUGAAGACGCCCCUUCCAUACAAGGCCACCACGCCCGGCCGGCCCCUGGGCCUCCCGUCAAACCCCCUGCAAUCUGACCAGCCCUCCGACAUGGUCCUCAUCCAGCAAGCCGCCAACCUCAUCAACCAGGCGAAGCGGCCCAUCAUCUACGCCGGCGCCGGCGUGCUUUCCUCCUCCCUCGGGCCGAAGCUGCUCAAGCAGCUCUCGCAGCAGGGCAACAUCCCGGUGACGACGACGCUGCAAGGGCUUGGCGCGUUCGACGAGCUUGACGAGAAGAGCUUGCACAUGCUGGGCAUGCACGGGAGCGCGUACGCCAACCUCGCGAUGCAGCAGGCGGACGUCAUCCUUGCGCUCGGCGCACGCUUCGAUGACCGUGUGACGGGCCGUGUGGACAAGUUCGCACCAGCUGCGCGUGCGGCGGCUGCGGAGGGUCGGGGCGGGAUCAUCCACUUUGAGAUUCAGCCAAAGAACAUUAACAAGGUCGUCGAGGCGCAGAUCCCCGUGCUUGGGGACGUCGUGGCGAACCUCGCGUCGUUGGUCCCUCUCAUUCGUUCGUCGCCGAGGAAGGAGUGGUUCAGGAAUAUUAGGGAAUGGAAGGCGGAGUAUCCGUUCACGUAUGAGAAGAGCAAGGAUGGCUCGGGUGCGUUGAUGAAGCCGCAGGAGGUCAUCGAGGAGCUCGAUCGACAGACUGCACACAGGAAGGAGGACGUGAUUGUCACUACUGGCGUGGGCCAGCACCAGAUGUGGGCUGCGCAGUAUUAUAGGUGGCGGUAUCCACGCUCUCUGGUCACCUCCGGUGGUCUUGGGACGAUGGGUUUCGGUCUGCCCUCAGCCAUUGGCGCAAAGGUCGGCGCGCCUCACAAAACCGUCGUGGACAUCGACGGCGACGCGUCAUUCAGCAUGACCGCCAUGGAGCUCCAGACAGCGUCGCAGUACAACAUCGGCGUCAAGGUCAUGGUGCUCAAUAACGAGUUCCAGGGAAUGGUGCUCCAGUGGCAAGAUCUGUUCUAUGACGCACGGUAUGCACACACGCGAAUGACGAAUCCGGACUUUGUCGCCCUUGCGAAGGCGAUGGGCGUGCACGCCCUCCGGUGUCGUUCUGCUGCUGAGCUGCCCGAAAAGAUGAAGGAGUUCCUAGAAUACGACGAGUCGAGGCCGGUACUCCUAGAGUGUCUCGUCGAGACAAACGAGCACGUAUUCCCUAUGGUCCCUGCCGGAAAAGCUCUUCACGAGCAAAUGCUCCACUCCUCCCUCCGCUCAAAAUACGACCCCGAAAAACUCAUGAGCAGCGCGUAA